GAGGGCGCUUUUUAGCAGCGGUUGCUAUCUUAGCGAAAGAUGGCGGAAGAAUUGAAAAGGGAGGAGGAAGGAUUUCCCAGGCAAACAUUGUUGGAAUUAACUUCACCUAUUAAAACACAUCACCAUUAUCCAGUCUUAUCACAUCAGUUAAGUGCUUCAUUGGGAAGGUCAUGGGGCCCACAAGUAUUUGCCAAAUCAUUUGGUGGGAUUCAAAAAGAAUGGGAGCAAUUUGGUACGCCAUCUUACCCCUCCCCGCUGGACCGAAUCAGGAAUGGCAAGAAGGAUCGGGCAGCAGAACUAGGUGUGGAUACUCAACUGAGCAGCUCAUUGGAGCUGAACCAAACGUUUCCAGUGACUGAAAAGUCACAGGUACGCAGAGAUGAACCUAGGAAACAAGAUGUUAACAUAACAUUGGAGAAUUUUAAAGCUGAUGGUCUACACAGCUUCAGUUACACACCUGGCUAUUCAAAAGGGUCAUUUGCACCCUCUCCUGCCCCAGACUUGAGCCAGUCAAUGGGUCAGUCAUGGUCAUUCUACAACUUUAUUGGCGGUGGUCAAUGUGGAAUGAGUUUUCCAACAACAGUGUACAACCCAAACAAAGCUGUUUUAACCAUAGACGCAAAGUCAUCUAAGAUCCUCAUUGCCAAUAGUAUGUCAUCGGAACUGUUCGGCUUCAGUACGGAGGAGCUUGUAGGUAUCAAACUAUCCGACCUUCUGAGCGCACCAAAUAAUAAAAGGCAGAGUGCCCUAGUAGAAGAACACAUAGAGACGUCUGGGAAGGUUGUGAUGGUAUCGGGAAAAGUGAUGGAUGCCAUAGAUUGCAAUGGUCUUGUGUUACCAGUCUCUGUAUGGAUUAAGAAGAUCACUGAUGAUGAAGAGCCUAGAUGCUUGGUUGUACUGGAACCAGUAGACAGAGCAUCUGCAUUGGUGUCAUUUGAUGCUUCUGGCUGUAUUCUGUCGGCUGAUGGUCAGCUAGCCUACCUUCAUGGUUAUGCCUCUGAUUCUGAGCUAAUUGGAAUGAACAUUAAGCAGCUUGUUCCCUCCUUUGUUUUACCUGAUACUGGUGAUAAAUUGCCUCAGGAGGUGAAAAAACAGCGUUUGACUGGAAGGACUAAAGACGGUUCAACAUUCCCACUGAGUGCUCUUGUUAAGCCUAUUCCCACAUCGCUACCCCUGCCUGAUGUGGUAGAAGCAGCCAAAGCACAGGCUUCACUUAAAAACAGCCAGGAAUUCUCAUCAACUUCAGGUAAUGUUGGUUUGUGUUACCAAGCAACCAUCUGGGUAUUUGCCAACAUCAGUGGCAUGUUGAGUUUCCUCCCUGAUGGUACCAUUCAUAGCGUUAACCACAACUUCUCUCUCAUGCUCUUUGGCUUGUCGAAGGAUAAACUUGUUGGCAAACACAUCACCCACUUGAUUCCAGAAUUCUAUGAUCAUCUGGAUAUCAUUGAUGAUGGCUCUAUGCCACUACCCCCAUUUGAUGAUGAUGAUGACCCCGGUGGUGGAGGAGUAGUCUUCCAGCCUGCCAGCUCUAGGGGACAUAGCAGGCAAUCCAGACAUGAAGAAGAUGACAGUCCCUUUGGGAAAAAUGAAUCUGAAAUCUCACAUGCAUUGAAGCAGCUGCAAAUCUCUGGUCCACAAGAAAGACCCUCAACGACUGAGUUACUACGAGAGGCUCAGAAACUAAACGUCCUGAGUGGAGAUAGACUUUCCUUCAGUCGACCGGAUAGUGCGUGCACUAACGAACUACUACGUACACCUCCAUCAGUGUCUCCUCUCGGAAGUCCGAUGUCUGAUAGGAAAAUAAGCCAAGGAGCAACUCCCCCUGGCAGCAUUACCAGCAUGGAAGUGAAUAUACAUAGUAUCCCAGGCUCUCUUAGUCCGUGCUCUUCUACGGGGGAUCUACACCUAAUAGAUAAAGAUGAAGUAUUCAACCUAACUGGAAAUGAAAAACGUAACAGUUUAGGACCACGAGAGCGACGACUCUCCUCAAGAAAUUCAGAUGAGAACAAGCCGUCCACAGGUAACUUAGAUGAGACGCCUCGCAAAGGUGAAGGUUCAAGAACAUUAUCAUCAACAGCUGAGCUACUGAAUGCACCCUCCACAAUAAUAGUAUCACCCCUUAGUAAAAGUCAACUUGAAAUGCAUAACAAAAUGACACCUAUAGAUCUAGCUCCUCUGGAAGUAGACACAGGUUUCAGCAAUGAGCAUACACAAGUACAAACUGCUAGAGAGGUUAUACCAGAAGAAUGUGCAAUAGAAGAAGAUGACAUCUUAAAAAAGACUGAAGAGGAGCAACCUAAACAAGAUGUCAUUGCCAACGAUAAGGAUAAAACUGAGCCUGAGAAGUCCUCCGGGCCGCCGCCUCUUGAGCGAGCUCAGUCACGAGUGAGCUUUGCAGAAGAUAACAUUAAUAACUGUAAUGUGAACACGGGUGUAAAUGUAACUUCGGUGGAUUCAAAUUACGCGACGUCAACACCAUCACGCAAAUGUACGUGGGCCCAAUCAUCAUCCACAUCGCCAAUACCAGAAGGCAGUUUUAUAGGUCAAGGUAGACAUAAAGAUGGCUCCUAUAUUGGAAUUCUUUUUUCAAUCAAACAAAUAAAGCUUGAUGAUGGCAACUCAUUGUAUUGCAUUUGGCUAUCACGUGACCCAGCUGAUCCUGGCGAGGGAGGGCGCUAUAUAUCCAACUUAACGUUAGCUUCAAGCUUCAGCAGCACUUUCAAUGCUUCUCAGAGUCAGAGAAGCUUUGGAGAAGCUUUGACAGCUGCUGCGAAGGCUAAUGAAUUGUCGGAUAUAGAUGAGGUGGAUAAUCCUGGUAAAGGGCGGUAUGAUGAGAAAUAUGAAACAACGACAUGCAUCGGCAAGGGAGCUUUUGGGUUUGUCAAGAUGGCUACCAGAAAGGAAGAUAGGGAGAAGGUUGUUGUGAAGUUUAUACGAAAGCCCAAGAUUUUGAAAGAGAAUUGGGUAGAUGACCCUGAUUAUGGACGAGUUCCGCUGGAACUGUCUUUACUCAUGAAGUUAAAUCAUAAAAAUAUUGUAUCGGUUGUAGAAUUCUUUGAGAAUGACAAUUUCUUCCAAAUGAUUAUGAAGAAGCACGGAUCUGGAAUGGAUCUGUUUGAGUUCAUUGAUAACCGGCCUAAUUUAGAUGAGCCUCUGGCCAGCUACAUCUUCAGACAAGUUGUGGCUGGUGUAUCGUACUUGCAUCGACAGAACAUAGUUCAUCGAGACAUUAAAGAUGAGAAUAUCAUUUUGAAUGAGGAUUUCCAAGUGAAGAUCAUUGAUUUUGGCUCAGCUGCUUACCUUCAAAAGAAGCUUUUCUCGACAUUUUGUGGCACAUUGGAAUACUGUUCUCCAGAGGUUUUAAUGGGAAACAAAUAUCGAGGACCUGAGUUGGAGAUGUGGGCCCUAGGAGUCACCCUUUACACUCUGGUGUAUGGUGAAAACCCGUUUUAUGAUGUGGAGGAGACGAUACAGGCUAUCUUGAAUCCCCCAUAUGAGGUGUCAAGAGAGUUGUCUAACUUAAUUGAGAUGCUGCUGCACCCUGAACCUAAAUGGCGAAUUAUGCUAGACCAGCUUGAGAAGAAUGAGUGGGUUUGCCUGCCAAUUGAUAUAAGUCAGUACAAAUGGGAAGAUGUUUUACCAGAAGAUACGGUGGACAGCAAUCUGCAGGUGGAGGGCCCAGAUGAUGACCAGUGUGAGUAUGAAUUGGAGGCUGAGUUGAAGAAAUACCUUGACUUGGAUGGCAGCCUGAAUGGAAGCACAUCCAGUAGCACUAAGAUUUGAUUCCUUCUCCUCUUUGGAAGCCCAUCAAAAUGAGUAGGGAUUAUUUUUAGAGGAAGUGAUCUAUAUCAUCAGGAAUGGUUUGAAUGUUACUGCGAGUAGGAAGAUGCUGUGCAGGUAUCAUUUGAACUUGUGUGAGCGAUUUCAGUUGCCAAUCUGACAGAGUCAGCUGGUGAUAAAUUGACGAUGGAAGUCCCAGACUUCCAAUACAGCAGGCCGAUAACUGGGAUACCUAUUUUGCCACUUCUAUCGAUAUAUCCGCCCAGCUAACAUGUUUCCUUGUGAAUUUUGACCCAAAAUGAGCAUAUCCCCGUGUACUUAUAUUACAUACCCUUUGUGAAAUGGUACAUGCUCUAAAUGCAAAUAUAUUUUUUUUUUUUGUGUGAACUUCUGGUUUGCUAUCACGUGUGUGCUGUCUGUGUAAAUAUAUAUAAAUAUAUAUCUAUAUAUAUUAACAAGUUUUAAUGUGUAAAGUAUAGUAUAUGUAUUUAGUCUUGAAUCUACUGGUAGUCACCUCAUUCUCAAGAAUCUUAGAAGUAAAAGCUGUAUUUUGUAGAAAUUAUUGCGACUAUACCAACAAUUUGUUUCUCCGAAUUUGUAAUUACAGUACUGUAUAUUUAAUGAAAUUCAACUGAAUUGUGUCCACUACUAGUGUUUAACACUGAAACCUCAUUUAUGAUAGACUUAUGGUGAUUGCCUGCAACAGUAUAGUGUCCUUCAAACAUCUAUAGCAUGGCUCCCAAUGAAAUUUAAUGUUUGAUAUAGCUAUAAUACAACUGUAGUAUUUUAUAAGUUUAAAUAGCCAUCAUUUUUUUUUAUUUGAGUACUUUAGUGAUUGCAAUGUAUGAUUUUGAUUUUAAAAUACAGCUGGGUUCAUAUUUUUUUAAGCUUUUAACGAACAUUGGUAUUUUGUACUUAAGUAUCAUCAUUACUUUUAGAAUAUUUUAAUAAUGUUUGAUAUUUAUGUAGCGCCUUGAACAAUCCAAAGACUAUAUGUUGCAGUGCUUGUAUAUUGAUAUCUAUUGACAGGCAUGCAAUCUCCUCCAUUCCACUGUACGUCAUACCAUCGCAUUCAAUGUCAACAAGAACGAUUUGAGUAAAGGCACUUUGUCUGCAUGGCUUCUCCAACCAGGAGUACGUACAAGUGGGGUUCCUGGUAGGCUUAAAUGCCAAAAUGUGCUAAUUAGCUGCUGCAACAUUAUGGAAUACUCUGCUGAGUUUGUGUUCCGUAGGUGUUUAAUCGAGUGACCAGGGUGAUGAUAAUGUGAAGCGUAUAGAAGGCUUAUCGUAAUGCGGUAUAUAAGUCUACCAUUAUUAUUAUUACUUGGCAUGUACAAAUUUACACUCGUGGGUGGAAAUGCACAAAAGUUAAUAAUCUACACAUACAAAACUAUGUGGUAUUUGUACCCCAAACCUUGUGUGGUAACAAGUUGUUCUGUAAUUUGAUAAAUGUAAUGUGACUGUAAUGUAAUGUAAUGUGACUUGUCUAUAGUAAAACAUUAUAAACAUUCUCAAUUAUAUGCGAUGAUAUUGUCUUUAUGCAAGCUAGUUAUAAGCAAUAUAUUCCCUUUGAGUGCCACAACCCCAAAGAAUAUUAUGAUCAUUUUGCAUUGUUUUCAGUAGCAUUUGCAGUUCAUCCUCCAAAUUGAGACCCCUUAAAUCCAAUAUAAAUUUUUUAAAGUACUAACAAUCUUAAUUUAUUUAUUUACACAAAGCUAACCCUUUAACUGCAGAAGGAAUGCUGCAACCACACCAAAGUUUCAGGCCCCAAAGGUGGUCUUGAUUUAGAGGGUGAAAUGUAUUUUAGAAAAUAAGUUAUAUGGUACACCACCAGUAUUAUUAUUUCAGUACAGUAAUUAUAAUGUUUUAACAGUUAAUAUUUAAUUAAUAUUGCUUAGUUUUCAUUCACUUACAAUAUUUGUUAUAAUGUAGGUCUAUAUUUUUACUGAAAUGCCAAGCUUGUUUACAAAUGAUUGUUUACAUUGGCAUAUUUAUAUAAUAGUUUAAUACUGAUGUGGUCAGUAAUCAGUGUGUGACAUAUUGAAAUACACAAAAAAAAUAUCUGA